GGGUUAUUUAUGGUUUUCAACACUUCCUGCUUACAGAGGGAGCCACAAUAGCUCACAACUGUCAACAGAGAAAUUAUGUCGUAUUGGUUCCAUCGAAAUCCUUUAAAAGCAACUUCAAACCUUACGUUUGAGUUAAGGGGUGUGUCGACUGAUGAAAAAACAAGAAGAAUAUUUAAUGAAUUAAGACAAACCAGGAACAAAUUACUAGAGCUUCUCCCUGAUCCAAACCAUGAUAAAAGUUCUAUUGAGAAAGCUACAACAGAUUACUUCUCUCUACUGUUGGGACUUAUACAACCCUUUGAUGAGGGGGAAAAUAAACUAAGAAAAGCUUUAAAAUUCAAAUGGACGAACAGUCUUCUUGGAAAUGUUACUCAAGAACAGUGGGACACCGCGUUUGAGGCUGCACAUAUGGCCAUAAACGUUGCUUUGUGGUAUACAAAACAUGCUGCUAAAUUAGCUGCAAAAGAAACACCAGACAUGGAAGAAGCUAAAGAAGUGCAUACUUGUCUACGUGUAGCUGCUGGUAUAUUUACAUAUGCCAAGGAUGAGUUAGUUGGUAAACUUGCUGGGAACAGUACUGAUAACGCUGUGGACACCGAAGGUCGUGUUAUGGAAGCCUAUAUAAACCAGUGUACUGCUGAAGCACAGGAGGUAACAAUAGCAAGGGCUAUAGAACUAAAACACCAGGCAAGUUUAGUAGCUGCUCUGGCAUUUGAGACAGCACAGUUGUACCAAAGAGCAGAUGAUGCUCUGAACAGUUUAGACGACAAAAUUGUGGGAAAGUGGAGAAAAUAUUUUCAACUAAAAUCAGCCUUUUAUACCUCUACUGCUUACAGUUAUAAUGGUGAAGCACUAUUAGCUGAAGAUAAAUGUGGGGAGGCAAUAAGAGGUCUACAAGAGGGAGUGAAAUUAUAUGACAAAGCAGAACAAUUAUGUAAGGAGUACGCAUCAGCAAAAGGGCUAGGAACAUUUGCCAGGCCUUUAAAUCACAUAUUCUUUAGAAAGUUUGGACCAAUCUUAAAGAGAACCUUAGAAAAAUGUGAGAGAGAAAAUGGCAUGAUAUACCAUCACAAAGUACCAUAUGAUCCACCUCAGUUAGAAUUGAAAGCCACCUAUGGUUUAGUGUCACCUGAGGCAUUCAAAAGCAUUGCUCUUAGUCCUCUAUGGACAAAAGAUGUAUAUGAAAAAAUGGAUGCUAAGAUGGCUCCCAAGGAAGAAAAUGAGAAAAAGGCAGAUAAAGAAAAGGACAAAAAGGAAUUGCCACCAGUGAAGGAGAAAGAAACCCCAAUGUCUGACAAAGAUCCUGGAACAUUUAGUGGAUGUUCGAUAUCAUAAAACAUUUUAUUGUUCAAUCAGUUGUUAUAGUCUUAUGAAAUCUACAUGUUAAAUAAGCAAAAUUUUAUAUGCCUGUAUGCCCUAGAAUUUACAAUCUAGAGUAGAUUAUUUAAUAUUGAACAAAUAUAUAUAUCUUUAAAUUAAUCAUUCUUAUAAGAGUUACUGUUAUGACAUUAAAGGUGUGGCUAUCCUAUUGCAUUAAUUGGAAGUACUCUUAAAUUGUCCUUAAUACUGAAUUAAAAAGUUUCUCAAGUAUUAUAUAUCUCAAAAAUUAAUUAUAAUGACGGUUGAUAAGA